UGUUCUUUUGGGAGAGUGCACUGGCUUGGCACAUAAGUAGGGUUCUUUCUGUCCGGAUUUGAGCUCAGAUUUUCUUCUCCUCAUCAUCGCAUUCACUCUUUGCUCUUUAUCGAUCUUACUUUCUUGCAAACAGCUGGCUCUGUUGCUGUGUGCUGGGCUACUCUCUUUUUCUUCGAUUCGAAUACUGGUUGGAAGUCACUCUUUCACUCUUUGCAAUUUUGCUUCAUUGCCUUUUUGAACUCUUUUACAUUUCCACGUUGAUCGCGGAUAUUCUAAAGUUCACCAACUCUUCUACAUUGGACAUCUACCCUCGCAUUUACCAACUCAACGACUUUUCUCAAUCUCAUCAACAUGAUGCUUCCUAAACAGCUUCUCCUCGCUCUAACUCUAUCUUCCAGCUUCCUCGGAAGCGCAAUGGCAGCCGGGAACGGUUUCAAUGGAGGAAACAAGGGAAACAACGGAAAUAACGGUGGAAACAAUGGAGGAAACAACAAUGGAGGCAACAAUUUGGCACUGUCCCCCAAUCUAGUUCAAAAGGGUAGCCAGCAAACCGGCGGUAAUUCCGAUGGAGAAACAGCUUCUGCUACGGACAACGCCAACUUCAUCAACUUCUGUCAGGGAAAGACCCUGACAAACGGUGCUCAGGUUCAAGGUGGAUCUUGCAAUGGCAUUGUUAUGGGUGAUAUUCCGGCAAAGAACAAGAUGGUCUCAACCGUUAUCUUGAACCCCAAGAACAUGCAAGAUCUCACUCCAAAUCAGCAGUUCAAUGUCCAACUGCAGGUGUCUAAUCUCCAAGCUGGUGCUUUUACGAACGCCACCAGCACGUACUACGCAGCACCACAGGCUGUUAACUCUCAGGGCGAAAUCAUUGGCCACGUUCACGUCACCAUCCAGGACUUGGGCGGCAACAUCAACCCUACUACCCCCCCUGACCCGACAACCUUUGCCUUCUUCAAGGGUAUUGAUGAUGCUGGCAACGGAAACGGUCUCUUGCAAGCCACCGUUACUGGCGGUCUCAAAGCUGGCGUUUACCGUGUUUGUACCAUGUCUUCUUCUUCUAACCACCAGCCAGUUCUUAUGCCAGUUGCCCAACGAGGUGCUCAAGACGAUUGCCGAUACUUUACUGUUGGCCAGGGUAAUGGCAACAAUGGGAACAACGGUGGUAACGCGAACAAUGGAGGCAAUACCAAUAACGGUGGUAAUACUAACAACGGAAACAACGCCAAUAAUGGAGGAAAUGCCAAUAACGGUGGUAAUACCAACAACGGAAACAACGCCAACAACGGAGGCAAUGCUAACAACAGUAACGCCAACAACGGAAACAACGCCAACAACGGAGGCAAUGCUAACAACAGUAACGCCAACAACGGAAACAACGCCAACAACGCCAACAAUGGAGGCAAUGCCAACAAAGGAGGUAAUGCCAACAAGAGUGGCUUCGGUGGUUUCGGCGGCAGCAAGGGAAAUUCCGGCAACGGUAAAAAUGUGAACACCGACAGUGGAUCCGCUACGUCUGGCAGCGGCAGUAGCUCUAGCGACGCCGCAGCAGCAGCAAGUUCCAGUUCUGCCGUUAAGCGAGGCGGAAAAGGCCGUAUGAACGAUGGCAAGGGAAAGAGAUCGAAUGAUCGAUUUGUGUUGCGGAAGUUCAUUGCUUAGGCUUUCAAUAGUUGAGCAGUCCGAGCGAUCGUGAUGCCGGGGGAGAACUAUGGAUUGGAGAAACGUAUGGUUUGUUCAGUCUGUACAGAAUGUAUUCAAUUCGAACCUUGGAGAUUGAGCUGUCUGUAUGUGGUGGUUAGUUAAGGUCGAUAUCUGCUGGUUGGGUAGUGAUCAUUACGGCUUA